AUUCCGUGACGUCACUUCCGUCAGGUUCGAGUUAUUCGAUCCACCGAGCAAAUACCGAAAUGGUGACCACCCGGUGCCCCGAAACUGAAGAAGGGGACGUUGAGGCUUAUCGAUUAAUAGAAGACUGCCUCACUCCACUGCCCAGCUCUCCUGGAAAAAAGACCUCGCCAGCCAAACGCAAGCAGUACUACAUUAACCGCGCCAUCCGUAACUCUGAACUGACACCUAAAGCCAAGGGACGCAAGAGUCUACGCCGGCUAGAGAACACACGCUACCUGAUGACGCUGCUGGAGAGGGAAGAAUGUGCUACGGAUGAGAUGGAUACCCGUACAUCCGCAUCACCUAGCAUAUUUACUGAGGCCUGUAACAAUGAGACAUAUAAUGAGAUAUGGAAUGACUUCAUGAACCGCACAGGCGAGGAACAGGAGAAAGUCUUGAUAUACCUGGAACAUGAAAUACGGCAAAGACCCAGAGAGAGGGCUAACAAGACAAGAGACAUAAGAACAGACCAUCCUGCGCAUACUGCUGAAGAGUGUUACCAACGAAUUAACCGCAGCCUUCGUGGCACCCUGAGAAAACGUCAGAUUCCCAUGGGAACCCUGGAAUGUUUGGAAGAAGAGAUGCUCUCUUUCUUCUCAAUCACCCCUGAAUCGGUUUACAUUGCCUUGAUGGAAAACAGUUACCAGCGCCUCCUGUUGCACGCUGUGUGUCAAUACAUGGAUCUGGUCUCUGCAAGUUCUGACUUUAAGGGCAAACGGCAGAUACGUGUAAUGAAUAGACACCGGGUAUUCUGUCCUCCUGAGCUGCUGCUGUCCUCUUACCUCCAGAUGAAGUGCUGACCCUUCUGGGUAUUCAGCACAAGGAGUUAUCCAAUGGCUUUUUAAACCAUUGUUGGCAGUUGCUCCCUGUCCUUGUUACUCUGCACAGCGUUAUUACACGCGCUGCUUCAAUGUAUCUUUAUUACCUGGUGAUUAACCUAUAGUUAAUGUUCUCUGUGCCUAGUAGAAUGUCCUUGUGGAAAUGUAUCUUGUUUGCUGUUGCUUAAGCCCAAUAACCAGUAAUAGAAGGCUGUGCAGAGUUGUCUGGCAGGUGUGCUGAAGUAAAUGUGUUUAUGUAAAAUUGUACAUAUGUGAAUGUAAUGCUGACUGUACAAAAAAUUAAGACUUCUCUUGUACAAUGGGGUCCUGGUUAAACAAGAUAACUAUAGAUUGGAUAUUGAUGAAUUAUAAGCUUUACAAAAAAAACUGUGUAUCACAUUUGUCCUGUUAUUGAACUUUGCACUUGAGCUGGAAAAAAAAUUGUCCGCUGUAUAUUGUCAGUGGGUGUCAUUUGUAUAGCUCGCGUUCCCUCCCUUUACCAAAUGUUGGUAUCUCUGAGCAGGCUACCUCUUAUGGUACUUAAAGAAAAUUUGUAUCCUGUUUAUUCACAAGGUCUAUAUUUAGGCCUUUAGAUGUGCUUAGGAUGCAUCAUGACCUCACACAUCUUAUUAUAUUGUUUUUUUAGUGGAAUCUUAUGCACAGUCAGCAGGUGCUAAUUAAUUUCUAUACUUGGUGACAGUACAAGCAGUUGUAGAACAUUGUCAUAUUUGUAUAAUAAAAUACUUAAAUCAU